AUGGAUAGCUCUUAAAAAUAAAUUAAAAGAAUUAAGAAACUUUAUAAUAUUCUUUACGAAUUAAAUUUUUUUAGGUCUUUUGUUAUACAAGAUAAAUGCAAUCUCCCAAACUACAUAGAUCCAAAUUAGUUUACUGAUGAUGAUGAAUAAUAAGAAAUACUAUCUGAGUUUUUGAUGCCAUUUAUUAAACCAGGAGAUAAGCAUUUAGAUCUUAUUGAAUUUCUAAUUAAAAAGAUUUCCAAAGAUACUUUUGAAAAAUGUGUGCUUUAUGAAGAUGACCCUUACGAGUUUAGAGUUAAAAGAAUUAGAAUUAUGUCAAGUAGAUUAGGAAUACUAGGAUAGUCUAAAUUUUCAAAAAAUUUAAAUUUUAGUAAAGUAAUUGAAGGAAAAAGUGGUGUAGAACCUAGUGUGAAAUUUAUUUAUGAAUUGUCUAAAUUAACUAAGUCGAUAUUGAAAACAAAAAGAUAAGAGAGAGAAUUAACUCAUAGAUAGCUAUUUUUAGAAUGCACUUAUACUAUGAAUAACCUCAUAAAUGUAGAUAUAAAUCCUUUUUCAGUUGAUUUUCCCAUAGAAAAUGAAUUACUGCAGCAUGACGAUAUAUAAUUUUAUGUAAACAACAUCGAAGAAGAGGUAAACAAAGAUAACGAGCUUUUAGAGGGAAUUUAAGCUGAAAGAAGCAAUAAUCAAUAAGACGAUGAAUAGUCAUAAUUAAUGGAUGCAUACAUAAAUUAAAUAGAAAAAGAUGUUCUAGAGUCAUUUGAGCUGUGUAAAGAAGAUUUAGCAAGUUAUAAAAAUUAGUUAGACUUCCUUAAAGAUUAAAUUCUAAAGAUAUUUGAUUUAGGUAGGAAAGAAACAUCAAAGCUACAAAAAAAGAUUUAAUAGCAAGACUUCGAUAAGUAAGAUGAAAAAAUCAUUACUAUAGACUCUAAAUUUUAAAAGAUUUAUAGAAACUUGCAAUAAAUUUAAGAUUAGCUUAUAACUUGUAACAAUAAAUAUCACAUUGAUGAUAGACUUUAAAAUUUAGUAGAAAAAAUUACUUAAUUUGAUUAGGAUUUGAAAUAAAGUAAUAAUGACUAAGUCUGA